AUGCCAACAAGAGGAUCAUUCGGAACAGUGAUAAAAGGAAAAUUGAUGAAAUUGAAGAUAGAUGUCGCCAUCAAGAGAAUACAUGAAAAGGCAACAGAAGCGAACAUCUCGGAAGCUUGGGACGAAGUUCGUAAAAUGCGAACAUUCGAUCAUCAAAAUGUCAUUCGAAUUUAUGGCGUUAUUAUCGACUCGUUGCCAAUCAUGAUUGUCAUGGAAUAUGUCGAGUCUGUUGAUGAAGCAAAACCUCCCAAACGGAUAUCGUGUGUCUUUUGUGGCUGGAUUACUGUGUGGAUUACCCUUUCUGGGCAUGAGUUGAAUUUCGGAUCUAUUCGCUUAUUGAUCGAUUCAUUCGUUGCCAACAAAACCCCGGUUAUCGAUAAUCUUUUUCUAAUUCGCCAAAUACCAAGAAAAUCAUGGGAAUUGUCCAAAGAUGACAUUGUAUUUCCACAAGAACAAUGA